AUGACGGACAAGAAGUUUCAAAUUCCAGACCCCCAAACUCGCACGGCAUUGGAAAAUGACCUCACUGUGCGAAUCGUUCUCAAGGCUAAAUAUGGUCCUGAGAAGUCCCGACACUCUGCAGAUGUCAUUCCCUGGGCAAAGAAGGUUGCCGAGAACAUCAGUCGCGCCGCACUCAAGGAAGUUGGGAAACCAAACGCUGACUUUGAGAUAAGCCUGAAUAUAAUUCAAAUGCUCGGCUCCCCGGACUAUGUGUAUAUCUGUUACGAUAUUUUCCGCGCUGAGUGCGAUCGAGAUGUGCGGCUCCAGAUUCAGGAGAGUUUGCAACAGCCAAUUCAUUAUGCCAGUCGGAGAGGAGGUACAUACAUCAUGCGGAAGGAUGCGCGUAUUGAGGCAUUCACGUUUGCAUCCUACUCAGAUAUGAGAAAACUCGACAAAGGAGAACUACCGCUGUUUUCUGAUUUGAAAUUUCCGCCGUGUUACGCCUUUGGCAAACGCAUAGAAGAGCCUGGGCGGAGCCAGGAAGAAUGGCGACAGCUCCGAGCGGAGCGGAAGAAACAAAAUUCUCAGUCAUCCGAAGGGGGUGGGACGAUUCAAGGUGGUCUGGAGAAAGAUAUUGAGGGGUGGGAGCAUGACAAGCCACCAGUUGGUGAUGAUUCUAAAUAA